AAAGAACUUGUGUGGUGUUGUAAGGAUAGGGAGAGAGAGAGAGAUAGGGAAGCCGUCAUGAGUACUUCGGCAGGAUCUAGGAUCAUGUCAUUAGGAGAGCCGUUUGUGCCGGCAAAUGAACCCCGUUCUCUAUUCCUCACGUUUUCCAAUGGCUUUCCCCUCUCAGAAGACCAGAUCUUCGAAUUCUUCGACAGCUGGUUUCCAAUGUGCGUGGAGGACGUGUUUGUGAACAGACCAGUGGCAGCAAGGAAGCUGGGUAAGAAUGAUUUGUUUGGGAAAGUGAUAUUCAGGUAUUUUACCAUACCAAACAUUGUGCUGGGGCCUUAUGAGAAGGUUGGCUUUUCCGUCUAUGGGCGUCCUAUGUACUGCAGAAGGUUUGAAACCCGGAGGCCAAAAGCAGACAAUGCAUCAGCAGCCCACCGUGAUCGUCGUGAGUGAUCUGGGAGUUUGAAGGUCAUGAAACCCUUUUGUUGUUGUAUCAACGUAAAAGGGUUUCUUGAAUAAAGUUUCGUUGUUGUUUUUCUUUAAUUUCAUGAAUAAGUGGGUGAUCUUCCAGUCAUGUGGAAUGGAUCAUCACAUGUUUUUAUCAUUACAGAGAUAUUUUCUUGUUGUUGGCAAACCAUUUUGAAGGAUGUUUUAUUUUAUG